AUAUUCAUGGACACAUACAUGCACACACUUCAAUUUUUAUAUUCUCAAGCUUUGGUUAUCAAGUUUUGUUUAUUGUGAAUUGAGUUUCAACUGAAUGAGAACUUCUCAGUUUCAGCUUCAGAGAAGGUGAGAAUGGUCUAAGUAGCCUUGCAUGGCGAGCCAAAGAAUAGGAGAAACUGGUUUGUCAGAGUCAGGACCUUCAACUCACCAUGUCCCUUAUGGAGUUCUUCAUGGAAUUAAUACCCCACCAUCAGGCCUAAUGAAUCAAGGGUCUGCUUUUGAUUUUGGAGAGCUGGAAGAGGCUAUUGUUCUGCAUGGAAUUAAGAUUAGAAAUGAUGAAGCCAAAGCAUCAGCUUUAUUCACAGGAAGGCCUUCAGCCACACUGGAAAUGUUCCCUUCAUGGCCUAUGAGAUUCCACCAAACCUCAAGAGGAGGUUCAAAGUCAGGAGGGGAAAGCACUGAUUCAGGAUCAGGAGUGAACACUCGGUCAAGCAAAACUGAGCUUCAGUUUGAAACAGAAUCUCCAAUUAGCAUAAAAGCAUCUUCUUCAGAUCAUCAUCAGGCUUUUGAUCAGCAGCAACAACAACAGGAGACAGCAACUGAUGCCUCAAGAAAAGGCACAUCACAGAAUCAAUCAGCAGCAAAAUUAUCUCAGGAAAAGAAGAAAGGAGCAGGUUCCACAUCAGAGAAGCAACUUGAUGCAAAGGCACUGAGACGUUUAGCUCAAAACAGAGAAGCUGCAAGGAAAAGCCGUCUUAGGAAAAAGGCUUAUGUGCAGCAACUAGAGUCGAGUAGAUUAAAGCUCACACACCUUGAACAAGACCUUCAGAGAGCUCGUUCUCAGGGACUGUUUAUGGGUUGUGGUGGUGCUGGUGGCAAUAUAAGUUCAGGAGCUGCUAUGUUUGACAUGGAAUAUGCAAGAUGGUUAGAAGAUGACCAGCGGCACAUGGCGGAGCUCCGGACGGGGCUGCAGGCGCCGCUGUCGGACGGCGAACUGAGAGUGGUUGUGGAUGGAUAUCUGUCUCAUUAUGAUGAGGUUUUCAGGCUCAAAGGGGUGGCUGCUAAAUCAGAUGUGUUUCACCUUAUUAAUGGCAUGUGGACUUCUCCAGCUGAGAGAUGCUUCCUAUGGAUUGGUGGUUUUAAACCAUCAGAACUCAUCACAAUGUUGAUACAACAGUUGGACCUCCUAGCAGAGCAGCAAAUUAUGGGCAUAUAUGGGCUCCGGCAAUCGUCAGUGCAAGCAGAAGAGGCUCUCACUCAAGGUCUUGAACAGCUUCAACACUCUUUAGUUGACACCAUCGCCGGCGGCUCUAUCGGCGGCGAUGGUGUGCAACAGAUGAUGGCAGCCAUGGGAAAGCUUGCCAACCUUGAAGGAUUUGUUGGUCAGGCUGAUAAUUUGAGGCAACAAACCCUUCACCAAUUAUGUCGAUUACUGACAGUUCGUCAAGCAGCAAGGUGUUUUCUUGUGAUUGGAGAGUAUUAUAGCCGUCUUAGAGCACUUAGUUCUCUUUGGGCAUCAAGACCACGAGAGACCUUGAUCAGCGAUGAUAACUCAUGCCAAACAACCACGGAACUGCAAAUGGUUCAUCCUUCUCAGAAUCAUUUCUCCACUUUCUAAAAUAUAUGUAAUUGAAAUGCAAGUGAUCGAUUUCUUUGGCCUACUUUAGAAGGAAAGGAAAGGUUACUAUAUAUAUUAUUAUUUUUUUUCUUUUCAAAUCUUCUGGUCUUGUGUCUCUUAUGAUUUGUUGUAAUUAAAUGGAAUUCGAGUUUUAUGUGAAUGACGAGGAAGCUUCUACUUUAGCUAAAA